GGCUUCAACGUAGAGAGAGGUUGGCGGUUUCUUCUCCAAAGACCAAAAAUAAAUUGGUUGAAAUCAAAUCAUUUAUCGUUCCUUCCUUUCUUCCAUCCAUCAUCUUUCUCUCUCUUCCGAAUUUCCCUCCCCCCCUCUUUCUCUCUCUGCAUUCGAGAAAACAACGGAUUAGAUUCAGAUCUGUUGUUCGUCGUCUCAAACGUAGAGAGAAAGAGAGUCCAAUGGCGGUGGUAUCACCUCUGGCGAAAUACAAGCUGGUGUUCCUGGGCGAUCAGUCCGUCGGAAAGACCAGCAUCAUCACUCGCUUCAUGUACGACAAAUUCGACACCACCUAUCAGGCUACCAUUGGCAUUGAUUUCCUGUCGAAGACCAUGUAUCUUGAAGAUCGGACAGUCCGGUUGCAACUUUGGGACACUGCUGGACAAGAGAGAUUUAGGAGUCUUAUUCCAAGCUACAUUAGAGAUUCUUCUGUUGCAGUGAUUGUCUAUGAUGUUGCCAAUCGGCAAUCUUUUCUGAACACUUCCAAGUGGAUUGAGGAAGUACGUACUGAACGAGGCAGUGACGUCAUUAUUGUUCUUGUUGGCAACAAGACUGACCUUGUUGAUAAAAGGCAAGUGUCAAUCGAAGAAGGAGAUGGCAAGGCUCGUGAGUUUGGAGUCAUGUUCAUAGAAACCAGUGCUAAAGCAGGAUUCAAUAUCAAGCCUCUCUUCCGAAAGAUCGCCGCUGCCUUGCCAGGGAUGGAAGCCCUUUCCUCCACGAAACAGGAAGACAUGGUUGACGUGAAUUUGAAACCUACCGUGAACACGUCCAGCACAGAGCAGCAAGGGGGUGGUUGUGCAUGCUAAGGCAUAAAUUUAGCAGAGAAGGAGAGAAUGAAGCAAUUUGAAUAGCCAAAUAGUAAGAAGGAUACAAGGAUGAUUUUGAAUUUAGAUACUAUUGAAGUAAUAUGAGAUUGCGUCCGUUUUGGUCCCUCUGUACUUCUUAUAUAUAACUGUUUAAAGUUUCAGGGAGAGAAAGUCGCAGUGAUAUGCUCUAAAGAUACCUGUAGUUGUCUUUAUAGAGAUCACUAUUGCUAUAUAAACUCAAUUUUUGGUCAAAAUUUUGCCUUUGUGAAACCUCUUUCCCCUUUAGGAUGAUUACGUUUUGUAAAAGCUGAAGUCUGUUAUGCAAGAGUUUCUUAUGCAGUUCAUCAUGGGUCAGGUCAAUUCAUGUCAUUCAAUUUGUUGUAAUCAAUCUACUCUAAGUUCUAAUUUCCGUAGUAAAUGUAUGGGAUAUGGCUGCUUCCUUGGAA